CUUCUUCCUAGAAUACGUGCUUCACCAGUAUUGAUAUCGACAUGGCCAAAGCUAUUGACAUGCGCGCAGCUGCCGCCAAAUUCUUCUCCGCCUCGCAUUUCGCUGUCGCGGGCGCUUCAUCGACUCCGUCCAAGUUUGGUCAUCGCAUCUUCGCCUGGUACUUGCAGCACGAUCUGCCCGCAAUUCCUCUGAACCCGACCUCGCCGAGCAUCACCUGCCAGAGUCAGACUUUCGACACCGUUCCUUCGCCCUCUGCCGUCUCGCAUCCCGCCAGCACCAGCCUGAGUGUCAUCACGCCUCCGCCUGUGACUGCAAAGCUUCUACGAGAAGCGAAAGAAGCCGGCAUCUUAUCCGUGUGGUUGCAGCCAGGCAGCUUCACCGACAAUGAGCUCGACUAUGCCAUUGAGCACUGGCCCAAUGCUGCUGUCGGAGGCUAUGCAGACGGCACAGUGGGCGGCGAAGGCUGGUGCGUGCUCGUAGAUGGAGACACCGCGAUGGCAGCUGCUAAGAAGUUAUCUGUCACGGAGAAUCGUGAUCAUGCCAGUAAAAAAAGGAGGACAUCGCGUCUCUAAACGACCUCUCCACACAGAACCUGUCAUCGGGAGAAAGGCCAGAGUCAAGAAGCAUGUUAUGGACCGCGUUGGCAGAACUGAGAACAUACGAAUCAGAAGAGUACUGGCCAAUCUGGAAGGAUAGAAUCGCAGAUCAAGGCCGAAGUCAACAGGCAUGGCUUCCGCGCAAGCACAGUACAGCGUGAAUGCUGGUGUAUCCCUAUAGGACUAUACCUUACCUCUGUCACAAGGCAGGCCGCUGCUCUAGCAGAGCCAUAGUGCUACGCCGAAUCCAGGGAUGGGCAUGCUGCUAGAAGGAGCGAGACGAGACGUUGUCGCUCAUUCGGGACAAUCACUGCCGAUGGAUAGUACUCGACCCCUCAGUCGAUGAGUGGCCAAGGAGAACCAUUCCUUGAAGGAACGAUCGAGAAAAUAGGGCUUCGCCACUAGCGCGACGCAGGACUCCAAGAGACCCUAGGACUGGGAAGUUGGAACUGCAUACUGCAGUGAAUCACUUACAGGCAUUAUGGAGUCCAAGGAUCAGCUGCCAAGCAAAACAAUGUAUCCAAAGACGCAAGACGGCAUACCUACAUGUACCUUACGUAUCUCCCCCUUCUUGAAAGCCUUCGUAUUGCCGAGCGACCAGCCAACCCGAGAGAUGCGCAACAGGCUUGUCUCGUCCUCACCUAAUCAGAAUCGCAUUUUUGACUUCACGGAUCGCCCAUCCCAGUCCCGAUCAAGUCAGUGAUACGACCGUAGUAUACGUCCGAACAUGCCGACUACAACGCCGACAGCGGAAGCUCGCUCUUUUUCUUCCUUUCGUAUUUCCUCCUUGCUCUGUGAGUGUCCGAUAGCCGACUCUCGAAUUUCCAAGACUGCGCCCACCAGCCACGGAGCCAAGAGUAAAACAUACACACGCCGACCACAAUGUCAAGCGAUAUUGUCAUAUGGUAUUAUUAUCAGAUUCCCUCUCCCAUCUUGUAUCAGGACGCAUCCGACGCGUGUUGAUGAAUCAUUUAGCUUUGCAUGCCCAAACUUGUCCAGGUCUUCCCACGUUGCUACACCUGCCUCUGCAUUUGGCGUUGUUGGAACUUUCGACGAAGUAGCAUGCUUCAGUGCAUUUCUGGGCGCUAUCCCAAGUCUUACUUGGUGGGCCUCGCACACCGUUGACGCAAUAUGGUUCCAAUCUUUUCUCGACCUGAGGUGUAGGAAAUGGCUGCGCAGUUUUUGCGCAGGCGAAUCCGAUGAGCGGUAGGCCGAAGAGGAUGGUCGUGAGCAGCAUCUUGUCUCGGAUAGUGUGGUUCGUCAGACAGUGCGUGCGUUCUCUUUGGAUGGAGGGAUGAGGAAUCAGAUCAGUUGCUCACUACCGGCUGCUACAGACUUUAGUAUAUGCGAUUCCACGUGGGCGAGCUAAACGCGCUGACAGCCGCUGUCAGGCUUUUCAUCAUAUGCCAUUCGCCAAUUCAAGAUCCGCGUCUCUCACUGGUACAGCAGGCCAAAGGGCGCGGUCAAGCACACUUGAGACCUUCCCCAGGGUCCUAGUCGUCGGUCCAGGCGCAAAACCUUUCAUGGCCGACGAUCAUGCGAGGGCAGGAACGGUUUACUAAAAAGUACCGAACGUCGAACGAGGCCUUCCAGCAGGGUUCGUCCACGUGAAGUCGGCAUUCGGCUAAUAAGAUGUAGCAAAGUAGUAACCAGGUAUGUAGGCUGCAGGCCAAGAAGUACCGCCAGUCAGGUCGAGGGAACUACAUCGGUGGCAUAUGCGGACUAUGACAGUAAGCAGUAAGCACACAGCGUCCAUGUAUCGAGUUUUCGAUUCUCGUUUCAAGUCGAUGCCGAGAGCUCAUUCCACUGGAAGGUCCCGCGGCCAAGUGAGCAUCACCUGAACCAGGCCUGCAGCCAGCUAGUGUCAUCCAAGUUGGAUGAGAACGUGAAAGGUGCUCUCAAGCUACAGGUAGCUAGCAGUCUUGACAUUUAAUGUGGUGUGCUGUUGGUAUCGAGUUGUCCGUCCAUAACAGAGGCGUACUUCAGUUAUCUCAAAUUUGUCAAUCUGGAUACGCUGGAAAUGCCCCGUCUGCUGAGGGCGCCCGCGUUUUUCCUGUUGUACCUACUCUUCUGGGGCCAAUAUACAUUCUCGAUAGACCCCAGAGUCUUGACAUUGAUGCACCAGCCAGAGUGAACCUUUGCCUGAUAGCAUAUAUACCUAGGUAAGGUGGGUAGGUAUUUGUUCCUCGAUAUUCCAAGCUUCUUUGGACCUCAUGUGUACGCAGUGUAGGCGUGAUGUCUGCCAGGGACGGCUGCUACUGAUCCUGAUGGAUGCUCGCGCGUGCCUGCGUGUUCGACUGGUUCGGGUUAACAUUGCAGACGUGUCACAGCAGUGGUGUGAAGUAUGUCCUGUGAAAUGGCACGGCUGAGACAUGGCGGAGGCGUCUCGUGGUCUGAGGUGACGCAAU